AUGACUUUUGUGUGGGUGCCUCUCCUUCCACUCAGCCACUCCACUGAACACAAGGACUCUCUGUGGCACCCAGGAGCAGGUAGUCACCCCUUUGGGGCCCACAACAGCCGGCGGUCCCCAGACUUGUGGCCAGGGAAGAUAGUAUUGAGCGCUCUCAAGGAGAGCGGGGCAGGGAUGCCUGAGCAGGACAAGGACCCUAGAAUCCAAGAGAAUCUUGAUGAUCAGAGAAGGGUCCCCAAGGUCACCGGGGAUGCACGGUCUGCAUUUCGGCCCCGGCGGGACAACGGAGGCCUCUCUCCCUUUGUGCCCAGUCCCGGGACUCUGCAGAGAGACCUCCAUGCCCAGAGGUCAGAAGUCAGAUAUAACCAGAGAUCCCAGACCUCCUGGACGAGCUCGUGCCCUGAACAAAAUGCCAUCUCGAGCUCCUACAGCUCUACGGGAGGCCUCCCGGGGCGAAAGCGGAGGUGGGGGCCAGCCUCAUCCCACUGUCAGUUGACCCUCAGUUCCUCAAAGACAGUGAGUGAGGACAGACCUCAGGCUGUCUCUUUGGGUCACACCCAGUGUGAAAAGAUGGCAGAUAUAGCACCAGGGCAGGCACUGGCCCUCAGGAAUGGCUCCCCCAGAUCCCAGGCCUCUAGGCCCCGUAAACGCAAGCUUCCCCUGCCACCACACAGGCAAGGGGAUCCUCUGAUGCUGCCACCUCCCUUAGAGCUGGGGUUCCGGGUCACUGCCGAAGACCUGGACCUGGAGAAGGAGGCGGCAUUCCAGCGCAUCAACAGUGAACUGCAGGCUGAGGCCAAGGCCAUCUCGGACUGUACACUGUCACGGCCUUCCCACACUUUGUCCUCACUUGCAACAGGGGCUUCUGGUGUGCCCGCUCUCUCUAAAGCACCCAGUAUGGAUGCACAGCAGGAGAAACACAAGUCCCAAGACUGCCUGGGCCCAGUGGCCCCCCUAGCUUCUGCUGCAGAGGUCCCCUCUACAGCUCCUGUGUCUGGGAAGAAGCACAGACCACCAGGCCCCCUGUUGUACUCCUCAGAUCCCCGUCCUGCCACUUCUUCCCACUCACGGGACUCAGCCCAGGUCACCUCGCUCAUUCCUGCCCCCUUCCCAGCUGCAAGCAUGGAUGCGGGCAUCAGAAGAACAAGGCCUGACACUUCUGCUCCUGCAGUUGCCGCAGCAGCCCCUCCCCCCUCCACAUUGAACCCCACCUCGGGGUCACUACUGAUGGAGUGGAUGGAGGCCCUUCACAUUUCUGGGCCACAGCCACAGUUGCAGCAGGUGCCCAGAGGUCAGGUCAGAUAUAACCAGAGAUCCCAGACCUCCUGGACGAGCUCGUGCCCCAAACAAAAUGCCAUCUCCACCUCUUACAGCCCUACGGGAGGCCUCCCGGGGAUAAAGCAGAGGUGGGGGUCAGCCUCAUCCCACUGCCAGCUGACCCUCAGUUCCUCAAAGACAGUGAGUGAGGACGGACCUCAGGCUGUCUCUUCGGGUCACACCCAGUGUGAAAAGACGGCAGAUAUAGCACCAGGGCAGACACUGGCCCUCAGGAAUGGCUCCUGCAGAUCCCAGGCCUCUAGGCCCCGUAAACGCAAGCUUCCCCUACUGCCACACAGGCAAGAAGAUCCUCUGAUGCUGCCACCUCCCUUAGAGCUGGGGUUCCGGGUCACUGCUGAAGACCUGGACCUGGAGAAGGAGGCGGCAUUCCAGCGCAUCAACAGUGAACUGCGGGCUGAGGCCAAAGCCAUCUCGGACUGCAAGGGGAUCCUCUGA